CCAGCCUAGCGCUGCCGCCGCCGCCGCCCGCCUCAGCCCAACAUGGCGAUGCACAACAAGGCGGCGCCGCCACAAAUCCCCGACACCCGGCGGGAGCUGGCGGAGCUCGUGAAGCGGAAGCAGGAGCUGGCGGAAACACUGGCAAACUUGGAGAGACAGAUCUAUGCUUUUGAAGGAAGCUACCUGGAAGACACGCAGAUGUACGGCAACAUCAUUCGUGGCUGGGAUCGGUAUCUGACCAACCAAAAAAACUCCAAUAGCAAAAACGAUAGAAGGAACCGGAAGUUUAAGGAAGCAGAGCGGCUCUUCAGUAAAUCCUCAGUUACUUCAGCAGCUGCAGUGAGUGCUUUGGCAGGAGUUCAGGACCAGCUCAUUGAAAAGAGGGAGCCAGGAAGUGGGACGGAAAGUGACACUUCUCCAGACUUCCACAAUCAGGAAAACGAGCCCAACCAGGAGGACCCCGAGGAUCUGGAUGGAUCUGUGCAGGGAGUGAAACCUCAGAAGGCUGCUUCUUCCACCUCCACAGGGAGUCAUCACAGCAGCCAUAAAAAGCGAAAGAAUAAAAACCGGCACAGCCCGUCUGGCAUGUUUGAUUAUGACUUUGAGAUUGAUCUGAAGUUAAACAAAAAACCACGAGCUGACUAUUAGAAGACUCAUUAGUGCAGAUGCUUCCAGGCUGUAGAGUCCUGCUUCCCUCCUCCGACCUCCCAAAGAUGAGCAUCCUUCACCUGAGUGCGUGGCCAUCCACCUCUGCUUUCCCAGACCCCAGUGCCUGUGACUCAGAGUCGUUUAUUCUGAAAUGUGGUGACAAACAAGUCGUUUCCAUAAGACCACAUUGGAUCAUUUACUUUGUGUCAUUUUUAGUAGCAGAACUGCAGGAAGACACACGACACAGUUAUACUCCCAACAAGUUGCUAACUGCAUUCCUCCCUUCUCGGAAGGAAUGUCUCCGCCCGGCCGCCCCCCCCUCCCCCCACCCCGAACUGGCUGGCACCAGCUUCAUCCGUCAUGCGCACGGAGAAAUGUUCUCUGGGUUUGUUUUAUGCUGAAUGUAGAACACAGGUCACAUUUCAGAGGGAGGCUGUAAA